AUGUCUACCCCUUUGCAAAGACUCAAAUGGGGGUUUCUUCCCGUGCGUCGAGUAGUCGAUGAAGACGAAAAUGGCCAAUUUAUACCGCAGCCAAGUGAGUCCCUUGACAUUGACAACGGGUCAGGCCCCGAGUCAUUCCAAGUCGAUGCCAAAUCUGAGUCAUCGCAAAUCAUCGCUUCCAAAGAAGUCGAGCUCGACAGUUCCCCAGAUGCAUCCACCACAUCUUCAUCAGCGCUCGAAUAUCGAGACGAAGCAAAUCGUCCCUGGUGGAAGUUCUUUGACGAGUACGAAUACCGGGUCAAUCGACACACAAAGCACGCGCGCAAAUGGUACCAUUGGUUCCACGACGACGAUACACCAGAGGAACGCCGCGUGAUCCUCAAGAUUGACCUCUUGUUGACUUUGUACUCGAUCAUGGCGUACUGGGUCAAGUAUCUCGACCAGACAAACUUGACCAACGCAUACAUUGGCGGCUUGAAAGAAGGGAUCAACAUGCAAGGCAACGACCUUGUCAACACGCAAGUGAUAUUCAGUGUCGGCAACAUUGUGUUCCAGUUGCCGUUCAUGUACGUCUUGUACGCGAUGCCGCUCAACUAUGUCUUGCCCACGCUCGAUAUCUGCUGGUCGAUCGUGACGGUGUGUUUGUCGCAGGUUACAAAUGUAGCUGAGUUGAAGGCGUUGCGGUUUCUCGUUGGCGCGUUCGAGGCGCCGAGCUAUAUUGCGUACCAUGCCUUGUUUGCCUCGUGGUUCCGAGGAAGCACGGGCGAGAUCUCGCGGAGGGCUGGUUUCUAUUAUUUGGGGCAGUAUUUGGGCAUCUUGACGAGCGGGUUGUUGUCUGGUGCCAUCGAGAGGAACUUGGGCGGCAAAGCUGGACAUGAACCAUGGCAAUGGAUUUUUAUCGUUGAUGGGAUCAUUAGCAUUGCCGUUGGUAUCAUUGGUUAUUACAUGAUCCCCGGCACACCUCAAGAUUGCUAUAGUAUUUUCUUGAGUGAUGACGAGAUUAGAAUCGCGAGACGCAGAAUGCAAAAGGAUCAAAAGGAUUACAAACCAAGAGAAAAUGUCGUCAAGUAUUUCUUCGACCCCAAGAUAUGGAAACAGAUCUUUACCAGCUGGCACUUUUACGUUCUCGGAUUAUGGAACAUUUUCUGCUGGAACAACUCCAACGGUUCCUCCGGCGCAUAUGCGCUUUGGUUACAGUCACUCAAGAACGACCAAGGCCAACCGAGGUUCAACCCGGGCCAACUACAAGAUUACACCGCGCUCACGCCAGCACUAGGCCUCAUAUGGUUGAUCUUGACGUGCUGUUUUGCCGACUUGUUCAAUUCGAGAUGGGGCGCCAUCUUAUUUUCCCAGGUGUUCAACGUCUUGGGCAACGUUUUGCUCGCGGUGUGGAACAUUCCCGAGGGGGGCAAAUGGUUUGCGUGGUGCUUGCAAUAUUUCGGCUGGGCCAUGGCCCCCGUGUUGUAUUCGUGGCAAGGGGACAUUUGCCGGAAGGAUAUCCGGGAGCGACAAGUGGUUUUGGUCUCGAUGAAUAUAUUGGCGCAGCAGUCCACUGCAUGGAUCGCUGUCUUGGUGUGGAAAACAGUGGAAAGCCCGCGCUUCUUGAAAGGUUACAGCUUCACUGCGUCGAGCGGGGUCGCCUUGAGCAUAUGGACACUCGUGGUGCUUUGGUUUUACAAGCGUCAAGAAAAACAAGGCGCUAGGGAAAACGGCAUUGUCAUUUACAACUCUGCCAAAGGUGAAACUGCUGAUGACAUGGAAAAAAAUUACAGUCAAUAA